CCCUCCGUUUCGUCCCCGCCUCGGAGCCCGCUCUCGCCGCCGGCGCGUCAUGGAAGGCAGCGCAUCGCCCGAGUUGAGCGCGGCCAACGCGGCGGCGGCGGCGGCUCCCGCUCCCGGUUCUCCUCCCGCCCAGCCGUGUGGCAGCGCCCGUCGCCUCUUCUGGGUCCGGCUGAAGGAGAAGCUGUGCACUUGGUACAUUGUGAAAACACUUAUCCUGGGUCAGACACUCUCCUUGUUCAUAUGUGGGACUGCAGUGACCAGCCAAUUUCUAGCUGACAAGUGUGGUGUGAACACCCCAAUGCUACAGAGUUUCAUCAACUAUUGCUUGCUUUUUCUCGUUUACACAACAAUGCUGGCCUUUCGGAAAGACGGUGACAGCCUCUUCCAGAUCCUGAAAAGGAAGUGGUGGAAGUAUAUUUUUCUUGGACUGGCUGAUGUCGAAGCCAACUACACUAUAGUGAAAGCCUACCAGUACACAAGUAUAACAAGUGUCCAGCUCCUAGACUGUUUUGGGAUCCCUGUGCUGAUGGCUUUAUCAUGGUUCAUUCUUCAUGCAAGAUACAAACUGAUCCAUUUUAUUGCUGUCGCUAUCUGCCUGUUGGGUGUAGGGACGAUGGUUGGUGCCGACAUAUUAGCUGGGAGACAAGAUGACGAAGGAAGCAACGUAGUUAUUGGAGAUGUCUUAGUCCUCGUUGGCGCUUCGUUAUAUGCAAUUUCGAAUGUGAGUGAGGAAUACAUUGUGAAAAAUCUGAGCAGAGUGGAAUUUCUAGGAAUGGUGGGCUUGUUUGGGACUAUUAUCAGCGGUGUCCAGCUGGGCAUUGUGGAACAUAAAGACAUAGCUAAUAUUCAUUGGAACUGGAAAAUUGUUUUGCUUUUCCUGGCUUUCGCCCUGUGCAUGUUUGGACUGUACAGUUUCAUGCCUGUGGUGAUUAAAGUUACGAGUGCAACGUCUGUCAACUUGGGUAUUCUGACAGCUGAUCUAUACAGCCUUUUCUUUGGCAUCUUCCUUUUUGGCUACAAGUUUUCAGUGCUCUAUCUAGUCUCCUUUGUGGUCAUCAUGGUGGGCUUCAUCAUGUAUUGUUCCACGCCAACCCGCACUGUGGAAGUCAUCUCACCUAACUUGCCAUCAGCUGCUAGUACCGGAUUUGACAAUUUUGCCUUAAAAAUCGAAGAGAGCCACCUAGAUGCCUUGGUUGUCUCACCUACGGAGCACAACAAAGAAGACAGUCGGGCUGAGGAAAUAGAAUGCUCAAAAUUCACUGCCUUGUGAAAUGCACGGCUUUUAUCAGCUACCCAGAUUACCUUGGAAAUGUCAGUGAACAACAGAUAAUGAACAUUAUGCUGCUCUUAAGGUGGAUGAACUGGAGAGAUACCUGCGGUGGUAUCUCUGCUCAUGCCAAAGUUUGUAUUUCAUUGCAAAAUGAGGGCUACUACCUUGGUUGAAUCAUCUGUGAAGUCAUGUACACUGAAAAUCUAUCUGUAAAGCUGACAGCAGAACAGAAAAGUAAAGACUACUAGGAGAAUUACUAACAAAAUGCUCUGCAGAAAGAAAAAAAACUGAUUCUCCUCAUAACCAAUUAUUUUGAGUAAUAUGGGUAUUUGUGUGUGUCAAGAACCAGGCUGGCAAAAGACUAGACUGUCAAGAAUAUGAAGGGAUGGAAGACACAAAACAUGAUUAAAUUGCCAUUAGUCAGAGAAUUUGAGAAUUGUAAAGGAAAAGAGAGAGUUCUGGUCCAUGAGGACUAGAAACACGAUAUUUUGAAGAGAUGGAUUUGACAACUGGAUUCUGUCUUUGAGCAGUUAACGUGCUUGGUCAUACUAUCUCUUCAGAAUAAUUUGAUUUCACCUUAUCUUUUGGAAACCAACAUAAUUAACAGCCAUUUGCAAUAACAAUUGAUGCUCAUAAACCAAUUUUUGAGUUGAUUAAUGAGUGGCUAAACUAAAGCUGCUGUGAGCUUUCCACUCCCUUCACACUGAUAUUUGUGUCGACCUUUAAUUAUAUCAGCUGACUGAAUCAUUCAGUGGUUUAGGUAUCUGGCUGCAAAGCCAGAGGUUGGGAGUUUGAUUCCCCACUGUGCCUCUUGAGAGA